UGAUUUGUCAUUGAAGAUGUCGAUUAGGUAUUUUCCGUUAAUAAAGAAUGAGGUAUAUACUUGUCCACUUCACCUGAUCAAUACCUGAUUACCUUCCGCGUGUAAAGUUCCAAGUGAUCGUCACAAGACAAAUCCAGGUCAAAACCAUCCCCUUUUAAUGUCUUUCCUUUAGGCCCUCCAUCUUCUCUCUCUACAGCCCGCAUAGUUUAUGCAAAAUUGCAUCAAGAGAGAGAGAAUUUGGAACAUGGGUUUCUCAAUAGAAGGCAGAGCAAGAAGGGUCCUAAGGGGAGUCAAGACACUCUUCUUCUUGAUCACCAUGUUGAUCUCCCUCCUUUUGUUCUCUGCUCCGGUCCUCCUCGUCGCCGCCGACGCCAUCCUUCCUCCGGCUCUCUUGUCGGCAUCUCUCCCUAGUUCUUUUCUCUCUCUCCGUACUCUUUCUUCCCAUCUCACCAACUACGACUUCCGCUACUCUCUCAUCGACAUUCCUCUCAUCUCCCUCGUCAGGUCAGCUGUCAUACUAUGUGUUUAUAGUUUUUGCGAUGGACCGAGACUUUCAAGGGGGCCGUAUUUGUGUAUCACGACUAUGUUUUCUGUGUCUUCGCUGGUGUUUGUAUCGUUGAAGGCUCCGUUUGUGUUUGGCGAUUCGAUUGUGGACCAAGAUGGCCAUGUUCGAGCCAUCGAAGUGGCUUUGUUCGUGUGUUCGCUGGCUUUGGCAAUAGGUCAUGUAGUUGUGGCGUACAGGACUAGUUGCAGAGAGAGAAGGAAGCUCCUGGUCUACAAAAUUGAUAUUGAAGCUGUGACCGCGUGCAAAAAUGGGUUUCCGAGGUACCAGAAAAGACUCCAAGAAGAAAGAGUAAAGUAACGAAAUGAAAAGCCUGUAACCAUUCCAAUAAGAGAUUUCAAUUCUUUUUGCCUAUUCGCAGUUUUCCAGAGCCAGGCUUCAGGUUUUAUCCGAAGGAGAGAUCUGUGACCAAGUGCUUACUGCUUACAAAGUAAAUAUACAUAUAGAAACGUGUACAUAGGGUGGAGAGAGAGAGAGAGAGAGAGAGAGAGUUCUUGUACCACUAUGGAGGUCGGUACCGUACAUGUACAGCUGAUUUCUGUAUAGACAAGAUAAUGUUUGUCAAAUACUCCUAUUAGAAGAACAUCUCUAAUGGUUUGAGACAUUUUUCUCAAGCCAAAAGUUUUUUUUUUUGCUUCCUACAGUAGUAUUGUGCUAAAAUUUGGCGAAGUUGCUCCGUUGGUAUCAAAGUUAUUUUUCACCUUGA